AUGACCUUACCUUUCCAAUUUCGUGGGAAUCAGCCCCCAAAAGACCAAGGAAGACGACCUGGAAGAGACCAAUACAGACCAUCCAGAGACCGUCGUGCCCGACCCCGCCACGAAUUCACCUUUCGAGCUCCUGUACCUACUGCCCAGCGACCGCUCUUGAGUGGAAAGCGCGAAACUACUCCAGAGCAAUUGCAGUCUGCUGAAGGAAGUGGGAAGGUGGCCCCCAAGUUUGCGUCGUUAGAUGCGCUCAGUGACAGUGAAGAGGCAGAGAUGGAGUUCUCUGAUGACUCGGAGGAAGAGGAGGGCGCGCCUCCGCGCAAGAAACAGGCGCUUGGUCUAGACGGCAGCAUGAGUCAACACGAGGCAGGUGGUCUGGAUGAGAAUGGUCGCCCGCUUACACCUGCUGCUGCCCCCGCUCCUGCUCCCACUCCUAAAUGGUCGAACCCCGAUCCUUACACGGCGCUUCCCCCACCUGACGAUACGCAACACAAGAAAAUCGACAUGAUCAAAUUGAUUCGCAAAGCUCGCCUUACAACUACUGAGCAACCGAAGAAAAAUGACGCUGUUGUGCAAAACGAGGAUUUCAUUUCCCUCGGUGCCGCGGAGGACAAACUGGACGAUAGUGACUCGGACAACGCGAGAAAGGCACCUGAGAAUGCACCAAAGGGCCCUCGCGGACUGGACUCCAGAAUCACUCUGCCACAGGGGUCGAAAGCUCCUACAGGGCCGAAAGCGAUGGGCCUUCAGGACGAUCAGAUCAAGGUGCCCUCCACCAAACUCAAAAACCCUCCGCGCAAAUUCAACACCGAUGGAUCGAUUCACCGAAGCUGGCAGCCCUCGAAGGAACAAGAUACAGCUCCCUGGAUGCAUGGCCGGACCCAAGCAACGCACAUGCCUGCCAGACUGCACAGUGAAAUCAUCGCUUUCUACAGCUGGGUCAAGCCGCACGAUUUCGAACAAAUUGUUCGCGCUGACCUUGUCCGCCGACUGGACGAAGGUUUCAGGAAACGGUACAGAGGUUCCCAGUUCCAAGAUGUUGGCCGCAGAGGCUUUGGCGAGAGGAAGGGCCAGAUCUAUGCGUUUGCUGCUUAUGUUCGAGACCUGGAUAUUGCUGUCCCAGGAUCAAUCGAAACAAUUGCGCAUGCGCGUGUGCCAAUCCUGAAAUUCGUGGACAAGCUGACUGGCUUGCGGGUCGAUCUGUCGUUUGACAACGACAGUGGUCUGCUGGCUAAUCGGACGUUCAAUGAAUGGAAGCGGCAAUUCCCAGAGAUGCCUAUCAUCGUUUCGGUCAUUAAGCAGUUUUUGCUUCUGCGAGGCCUGAACGAAGUGCCAACCGGAGGCCUCGGGGGUUUCUCCAUCACUUGUCUUGUCACCAGCAUGCUUCAGCAUAUGCCAAGAAGCCAACACCAAAACCUGGGCGAUAUUCUGCGACGGUUUUUCACUUUUUACGGCAAUGACUUCAAUUGGAGAGAUAUGGGAAUACGAAUGAACCCCCCGGGUUAUUUCAACAAGCUCUUUGGAAAAAGGGAUCGCCUAGCGAUCGAAGAUCCCAAUAACCCUGCGAACGAUAUCUCUGGCGGAACGAGGGAGGUCUUCCUCAUCUUCCAGUCAUUCUCUAAUGCUUCCCGACAAUUGGAUGAUCAAAUGAAUGCGCUCACCAAAGCCAAUGACGACAAGACGAGCAUUCUGAAGGUCAUCCUCGGGGCCAACUUCGAUGAAUACGUCGAGCAACGAGAGCAGCUCUACCGAGUCUACAUGUCGGCUCCCCAGUUUGCGAAAUACCGGCCCCCUCCUCCACCUCCCCCCGAAUCUCCACCGCCCCCGCCCCCCCCUGCUCCUCUGUAG